AUGACGCCGCCAUUUUUGAAGUUUUUUACUUGGCUAUUUCCUUUGCUAUUAGUUGUUCCUGUGACGAGUCUUAUGUGUUUCAGUUGUCAGAGUAGUCAACCUUUCUCGGAAUGUGAAUCCAACAUCAAGGAACUUAAUAAAGGUGCUCUCUCGAAAUACGCGGUCAAUUGUUCCGAUUACAACAAUUUGAGCUAUAAUUACUGUGCCAUCGAAUCUUACAUACAAAAUGGCAAGGUAAACGCUAUGAUAAGAGACUGUAACGAUGGCAGCUUCUCGUUUUCGGAGGACAACUACCCGUAUAUCAAAAUGAAGCAACUGAACUGGAAUUCCAAUAUAACUGUGUGUACCUACUCCCGUGGUCGGGUGGCGUGUGCUUCACUUUGCGAUUCGGAUAUGUGCAAUGGACCGACCUCGGAUGCCGACAUUUCCAGCCUUUCCUACUGGAUAAUCCUGACCGGACAAAUCGGCUGCAUACUUACUUGUGCUCUCUCUCUCUCUCUCUCUCUCUCUCUCUCUCUCUCUCUCUCUCUCUCUCAAAUACACAUAAAUUCUCUUUCUCAAACACAAACGGCGGAUGUGCAUGAGAACUGUUUGAACAUUCCUCGUGCUUUCUCGUAUAUACGUCGAUGGACGGGACAAAUUUACUGCAUACGUUCUUGUUCUCUCUCUCUGUCUCUGUCUCUCUCUCUCUCUCUAUCUAUCUCUCUCUCUCAAAUACACAUAAAUUCUCUUUCUCAAACACAAACGGCGGAUGUUCACGAGAAUUGGUUCCCCAAAAGGAAAUUACCUCUAAAUCAAACUAAUCUAUCUAUCUCUGUUCAUUAUCUAUCUAUCUAUCUAUCUAUCUAUCUAUCUAUCUAUCUAUCUCUGUUCAUUAUCUAUCUAUCUAUCUAUCUAUCUAUCUAUCUAUCAAUUAUUGCACAUAUCAGGCAAAGCCAAUGUGAUUUUGAGGUCGUGUACCGAUGGCAUCUUCUCCUUCUCUCUCUCUCAACUGCCUUACCAUAA